AUGGAGAAACUUAACCGAAAUUUCCAACGUGAAAUCUCAAACUUAAGUUAUUCGACUGAGUGUUUCUGUGUGGACCCUAAUCCUCAUAUUUUUGUCUCCUUCUUUAUUACAGCAGAAGUUGACAUCGAACGACAUGAUAAAGCAUAUUACAUGUUUAUAUGUUUAAUCCGCAUCAAAAUAGUAACAAGGGAAAGGAAAAACAGAGACUCACGUGUGUUUUACAGCGAUUCAGCAAACUUUAUUUUUAUUAUACAUAUAUUAAAAUGCAAUCAUCUAAUCCCAUUGACAAGUCUUGAUAGCAUGAUAACUUCUCCUCACCGGAGAUCACCGUCUUUCCGGAAGAAAUUCCCUCGGGAUGAGUUGGGUAGCUGGUCAGCACUCCUUCAGCGGCACCAUUUCCUCUUAACAGCCUUGGCUCUCUUGGCUUUCUUAUGCACAAUCUAUCUCUACUUCGCUGUUACCCUAGGGGCCACUGAAUCAUGUUCUGGACUGACAGGUGCCAAAAAGACAUUAUGUCGUUUGGAGUUGGCAAAGGAUUUUGUAGGCAAUGGAAAACUCAAUUUUUUCUUGCACGGAUGACACAGUCAAUCGGUUCUUGGUAGUGUUUUCUCUGCCUCAUGCUUGAGCUCCUUAGUGACUUUGUAUACAUGAUGAUGUACCAGAAUUUGUCUUUAAAAUUUUUAAUCACAUCCACUGAUAAUUCUUCA